CCAUAUAUGGCUAAAGGUAAAGCUGCUGCGAUAGAAGGCGGCUGGUGUUGUGUUGAAUUGAUCAUUGUACAUAUCCUGCGUAAUAUCUUUGAUGAAAACCUUCAGCUAUGGGUUGCUGUUCUGUAAGAAAGGUUAUUGGCGUUAUACAGGUUUUACAAAUUAUAUCAACUGUGGAAAGACAAGUCUUUGACUUUCUCGGGUUUAUGUGGGCGCCAAUUCUGGGAAAUUUUAUUCAUUUGUGUUUUGUUGUGGUUGGACUCUUUGGGGUCGUACAAUAUCGUUCAAAGUACGUUAUUACGUAUGGUGUCUGGUGUUUGGUAUGGCUUGGAUUAAAUCUCUUUGUCAUUUCACUGUAUUUGGAAAUAGGAGCUGUCACUUAUACCAAUGAUUGGUUAAGCUUCAAAACAAAUCAUCUGAGUUGGUUUAAGGAAAAUGGAUUUGGCUGCACCACACGGCAUGAAGGCACUAAAGGAAACAGUACAAAUGGACUAAAUUAUUCUUCUACAUCAUCUGGUUGUCUUCUUGACUUUGAGUACAUUGAGACAAUUCAUGCUGGUGUUCAAUGUAUGUUGUCCAUUCUGGUAUUUCCAUUGGCAUUUUUCCUUGCAAAGAAUUUGCAUGAAGAAGAUGACAGAUUUGACUUCAUUGGUGGCUUUAAUUCUCACUCAGCCUAUGAACCUCCUUCAAAAUCUUCUCGACUACAAAUGCAGCCACUAACAGCGUAGAUGAUGUUUCAAUUGGCAAGAAAUUGGAUAACAAGUUUCACGUGAUUAUAUCCCUUGAAUACAGUUUGAAUUGAAUUCUUUGUCUGGAAUUUAAGUUAUGAUAAUUUAAUUGAGGUCAAUGUUUUUUCAUUAUUCUCAAAAAAUCAUUUCAUGGUACACUUUUGAAAAUUUUACGAUUUUUACUUUAUAUGUUUUUAAAACAAUAUUAUUUAGUACCACUAGUAUGGUACAAUAAGGAGUAAUAUAUUACAUCUCUUGCUACUUGGGGAUCAUUGACUUUAUGUAAAUUUUUGAGGUGUAACUAUAGUAAAGUAUGAAGAUUUCAAAGAAAAGAGUAUGUCAUUGUAUGGCAUGUAAACUAGGUCAGGUGUUUUCUAAAAUGAAAAUUAAAUUAUUUGCUAAUAUUUUAA